CGAAGUGUGUUGGCUCGGAGUUUGUAAAGCGUGUAUAAAGUGUGUGUGUAUAGAGUGUGUGUACAGUGUGUGUAUGAGAACUUGCGCUGUGGUAACGGUGUGUGUGUUGUGUGGAUAGAAGAGAGCAGCUGAUCAGAAGCGGAACCGCUUGUGUGUGUGUGUGUGUGUGUGUGUGUGUGUGUGUGUGUGUGUGUGUGUGAGAGAGAGAGAGAGAGAGAGAGAGAGAGAGUGGACACACACCGACCAUGUGGACGCAGUGACGCACACGCUUAGGGAGGUCAUGUCCGUGUCCGUGAUGGAGCUGUACGAAGACGAAGAAGCCCGAGAGUCGGACCGAGACAGUGCCAUUGAGAGCGCUGCUGGAUCUGAGCUCUCAGAUGGAGGAAGAGGAGGAGACAAAGAAGAAGGACUCCAAAUGUUCAUACCGCGACAGAGCGGAGACCUGAGUCUGAACCCGUCUGUGACCUCUGACCUUUCGACACGCUCCCUGAACGAGGAGCAGUUUGAGGAUUAUGGAGAAGGAGAUGAUGUGGACUUCAGUCCCAUCAGCCCUGAGGAUGAGACGCACACUAACGGGUUCUCUGACCUCGGGUCCUCUGUGCCUUCCAGUGCCACACACACCCCACAGAAGGUCAGACAGUUGAGUAUGGAGCAUGAAGUGUUUUGCUCAAACUGCUGCAAAAAAGUCGCUCAGCUCAAUGAGCUCGAGACUCGGCUCAAGAACCUCAAAACACACAGCCCUAACAGGAAAAUUACAAGUACAGCAUUUGGCAGGCAGCUGCUGUACCACAGUAAUCUCAGCAGUAGGAACGGCAGCACAGAAGAUCUGUUCAGGGGAGGCAGCAUUGAUUAUUGUGACACUGACAUCGCUGACAAGGUGAGUCAGUUAGAGAAGAAACUGUGUGAGCUGGAGAAUGAGUGUCUGAUGAACAGUGAUGUGCAGUCCAAACUUAAACAGGAGAACACAAACCUAGUGCACAGGGUACACGAGCUGGAGGAGCAGCUGAAGGAACAGGAGGCGCGAGCCGAACAGAUCAUGGAUAAUGAGCUGAGGAGACAUCGAGAUGCCUUCAGCAAACUGGAACGAGAAAAGAUGACACAGAUGGAGAUACUCAAUAACCGGGUGCAGCAGUUGGAGGUGGAGAAUACAGAGAUGUUGGCCAGCGUGAACCGACUGAAAACACAGACAGAGAAGCUUGAUGAGGAGAAGCAGCGGGUGACCGAUAAGCUGGAGGACACGAGUCUCCGUCUGAAAGAUGAAAUGGAUUUGUACAGGAAGAUGAUGGACAAACUGAGACAAAACCGGACCGACUAUCAGACGGAGAGAGAAGCCAUGCAGGAGCUGAUUGAGGAACUACGGCGAGAACUUGAGCACUUGCAGCUCUACAAGCUGGAGGCGGAGCGUCUGGGGCGGAUCCGAAGGUCGUCUGUCAGCCUAUCGGAUUACACCACACGGACUCGCGAGAACGACCUGGAACAGGAAAUGAAGAGGCUCAAACAGGAGAACAUGAGACUCCGUGAACAAAACGAAGAGCUCAAUGGUCACAUCCUCAGUCUGAGUCUCCACGAAGCCAAGAACCUGAUCUCCACUCAGACCAAAGCUCAGUCCCUGGCUGCGGAAAUCGACAGCGCGUCACGUGACCAGUUAAUGGAAGCUCUGAAGGAGCAGGAGGAGAUCAACAUCCGUCUCAGACAGUACAUGGACAAGAUCAUAUUAUCCAUCCUCGACCACAACCCUUCCAUCUUGGAGAUUAAAUUCUAAUAACAAGCUCUCAGUAUUUAUAAAACUAAAGACCGGCCACUUGUUGCCUGCCCCCUGCUGCUGUGGAGGUGGAACUGUGUCUUUCAUGAGCCAUCUGUGAGACUUCGGGACGUUAGUCGUCCUUGGUGCUGGACGUAACGGAUCGAGGGAACAGCGUUCAGGGGUCCGAAGUGCGAUGGCCUUUUUCUGGAUGUUAUUUUUGUACUCGUCUCAAAGCCGCCGACGUUGGGAUCGAUUUGGUGUUGAGCAAGUUGAUCAGAGGGAAGAGUCCGAAGAGUGUCCGUGAUGGGAAGAGUACGUGUGAGAUGGAUAAUGAGCUGAUGAAUAAAGCACAUCCUGACUUGGAGGUUUGCCAUGUUAAAGGGGGUGGAGCUAAACUUAUAAAUCUGCCAAUCACACACUUGAUUAAGGCUUCAUGUGACGUAAUACAGGUUUUAAUUACAUCUCAUGAUGGUUUAGUGACACUGGUUAUCGACUCUAUAGCUAAUGCUAAUAAUGCUAAUACCUCUAAUACCUCAGCAAUCGUUUUAUUCUGCGAAGAGGCUGGUGAUAUUUAUGUUUAGCUCCGCCCCUUUUUGACCUACAAGUCCCAAUCACUAAGUGUAAUCAGGACAUUACUUGGGCUCCAGCUGAUGUCACCAGUUGGGAAAGUAAUAUCACAAUAAUUUUGCCUUUCCUCAUUGGCUCACAUACAAAUCAUCCUGGAUUUGGAUUAUAUUCCUUCAAAAUAAGGGCUUUUAGAAGACAAACUUUCUCAGGAGAAAUGAUUCCCUGUAAUAAUAUUGAACCCCUUGGUCAUCAUGGGAUAUUGUAUAAGUGAUUAGCGGCACAUGCCGCUGAGUUAGAGCAAUGUCAGCGUUAUGAAUGUUAAUGACGCCUCGUCAUAUCAGUGCAAGUGCUUCCUGUUUUUGAGAUGUUACAAUGAGUGCUACUGGAGCAAUCAUCAUCAUCUUCAUCAGGGCCUUGUCUUUAUUUCAGAACUGAUUUCAUUUCUCUUGUUCUCUUUUUUUUACUUCAAUGCUAAUUCAUCUGUUAUGCAAAUUAGCUAUAAAACGGAUAACGAAGCACUCAUCUCAUAUUGAGUAUCAGGCUUGUUUAGUAUUUAGAGAGGAACUUUCUGUAGCUUUUUUUUUUUUUUUAGCCAAAGUUUCAGCUCGGUAACAUUCUGGACAGGUUAUUUACGUCUCAGUGCCAGGUUUUGGCUCAGUAUUUGGAUUUGUAUGUUACUGAAACGUUUGUAAUGUUUUUGGUGGUUGGGUCGGUCGAUGUGCUAUAGUACACACAAUUUGGGUUUGUCACUAAUUCGUUUAAUGUACAUUUGUUUUCCAAGGCAAAGUGCCUCAUAUCCACUGAGCUACUUUACCUUUGCAGGAUGAACACAUAAACACAUGAUUUUCAUAUUUUUCAGUUUUUGUGUUUGUGCCUCUUGUUUGUUUUUUUUAAAGCAGCCCCUACAGGCAGACCAGCUGAUUGUUUCUUGCACCUUUUUGAAUCAUCUUCCAUUUCAGUGCAAUUUCUAAACAAACUGUAAAUACUCUAUAAUGAUCAGUAACACACUCAUUUUCUAAACCAUUCACUUUUUUUCUACACCUCUGUUGUAUAGUUUAGCUUUCACGUUUUCACACACCAUCUCCUAGCUGUUAAAGCAAUAAAUCUACCACUACUUUAGUGACAGAAGCCAAACGCUAGCCGGGGAUCGAGCAGGAGCGGUGCGUGAAACAGGCUACCGUGGCUUAUGAUGUCCGCUCUUUUAUUUCUUGCCUUCGUUUAAUAGUUUCAUUGAAUUUUUCAAUCUGACUGUUGACUUUUGUAAAGACAUUUCUUACACAGGAAUAUGAUCGUUAGCAUCUCGUUAAUUUAUGAAUGUAAACCGGAUAAUUGUUACACAUUUUCUUCGGUACUUUUUUUCCAAAUGGGACGUACUCUGCCGUUCUGAACAUCAUUAGCAUGUUGGGAUCAGUAGAAUGUAACUUUGGCUAGAAUUUUGCAAUAAAUUCUAAAUUCUACGUGUGGUUUCUUAUUUCUAAUGAUCUGUCGCGUCCACAUAUAAUUUUACAUUUCAGGAAAUUGUUGCACACUGACUCAUUACAAAACUUUUAGUGCUUAGCUUUAUUUCUAUGUGUAUUUUAGCUCAGGAUCACUUAUAUUAUGUGGGAUUGUUUUCCCGCUUUUUUUUAAAAGCUCAGAAUUAAAUCUGAAUUUGAAUAAAAAUAAAUAUGGUGAACUAAGUAUUUAAAACUGCAGAUGAAACAAGACAAAACAAGAAAGAAAUGUGAUCUCGGUCACCAGAAAAUUAUUAUUUAUUUAUUUAUUUUACAAUAAAUAAUUAAUCCGUUAAUAUUUAAGUAAACAGAUUCCCUCGGUUUAGCGCUGUGACGUUAGUGGCUGUCACGUGACGCUUCAGCCAAUCGCACGAAGAGACUCAUUAACUAAUUAACGAGUUCAAACAAAUGUAUUCGGGGUUUUAUUGUUAAUUGCAACUAAAAUUUAAUGUUUAAUGAAAGUAUCUUGAAAUAGUUAUAUACUUUAUACAGAUUGUUUUUUUAAUAGUUUUAAAUUAAAAGUAAGCCAACGUAGGCGGAUACGUGUCCGAUCGGUAUAGAGUCAUUCAAGUGUCGACUCUUAAACUAAGCAUCAUCAUCGAGUCGACUCGUAAUUGAUUCGCUAAACAAAAUACGUUCGCUAUAAAUCGAGAAACUGGCAGGAUGAACGUUUCAUCCUCGUUGUAGAAAGCAGAAAGCAAAUAAAAUUGCUGUAGAAAUAUCUCAAAAACACUGGCACCAGCAACCAGCGAUUCAAGAGUCUUAAUGAAUCAGACUGAAGAGUCAGAUAAAGCUUUUAAUCUCCACGGUAGGCCGUGAUCAUGCUCUUUAUCCGGCUGAUAAACUAAAACGAUUAUUAUUCUCCAGUUUAAUCAUUUAAAGAGCUGACAUUAGUUAGCUGGAACUUUUGGUGCGUGUUUAGUGUGUGAGUCAAAUGUUUCAGUCGAUUCUUUAUAUCGGAGUCGAAUUGUGGAGCCGGAAGUUUAACGUGGAGAAGAAACGUGACUUUAAUUCAAACUUAGCUGACGGAUUUUUACUGAACCCUCAGAAACCCUCGGUUGACUGUACAAAAUGGCCCAAGCCUUGUCCAAGUGUCUGCGUCCUUCACGUGUUUUCACCAAAACUCCAGCAGCAGGAGACGGAGCUCAGGGCAAAGUGAGAAUAUGGAGCAAAAGAAAGCGGUUUAAGUGGCGAAGGAAGAAGAACACGAACAAUUCAGUUCCAGUUCAGACCGAGACGGAUCGAGUUCCUCAAGAAGAGGACUGGGAGCGAGAGAUUGAAGAGUUCUCACGCAGGAUCGAGGAGGAGAAGAAGAAAGAAUUGAGCAAUAAGACACCUUAUGAUUCUGAAGAAGAGCUGAAGGUGGCGAUGUGCGAGAUGAACCUGUACUCCGUUCCUCGUGCUCUGAGACAUCACCAGCAGCACUACGACCCCUCCGCACAUCACACUCCUCCUGUCAAAUGGAUCCGUCACGUCUCCCGCAUCGAGAAGGACCAGUUCGCCGACGCAGAGGCGUAAACGCAUCCUUCCUAUGAUUCCAGUGGUAAAAGAGAUCAGAGGGAGGGGCUGCACCGGGGUGAGAGGGGAAAGGGGUUGUCCUUUUAGUUUAAGCAGAUUAACUGUUCAUUUAACUGUUAGGUUUGAACUAUUUUAGAGAUUCAUGUGUGUUUUUUUUCUUUGUCAGUGGAUGUUCAUUUUUAAUUUAGAAAAAAUACCAUGUAGGUCAAAAAUAUAUCUUUUAUACUUGUAAAAGUCGAUGAUGGCUCUGAAAUCUUUAAGUUAAACUGUUUAGUUUUAUGGUGAAGUGCUGAAUGUGCUUAAUGCACAGAAAAUAAAUGAGUUUAAGAGAA